AUGGCCGAAUUUGUAAAGUUGUCGAUUUUUGGAACGGUUUUUGAAGUGACGACAAGAUAUGUAGAUCUUCAACCAGUUGGUAUGGGGGCUUUUGGUCUAGUUUGUUCUGCAAAGGACCAAUUGACCGGCACCAAUGUCGCUAUCAAAAAGAUUAUGAAACCUUUUAGCACACCUGUGUUAUCAAAGAGAACAUAUCGCGAAUUGAAGCUGCUCAAGCAUUUAAAACACGAGAAUAUCAUUAGCUUAAGUGACAUCUUUAUUUCUCCAUUAGAGGAUAUAUAUUUUGUUACAGAACUACUUGGAACAGAUUUGCACAGACUACUGACAUCACGCCCGUUGGAGAAACAGUUUAUUCAAUACUUCUUGUAUCAGAUUCUGAAACCUAGUAAUAUCCUUGUGAACGAAAAUUGUGAUUUGAAGAUUUGUGAUUUUGGUCUGGCGCGAAUUCAAGAUCCUCAAAUGACCGGAUAUGUAUCCACUCGAUAUUACCGAGCUCCGGAGAUUAUGCUGACAUGGCAAAAGUACGAUGUUGCAGUUGAUAUUUGGAGCGUCGGAUGUAUUUUUGCGGAAAUGCUGGAAGGAAAACCGUUAUUCCCGGGCAAAGAUCAUGUGAAUCAAUUUUCUAUCAUUACCGAGUUACUCGGGACACCACCUGAAGAUGUGAUACAGACAAUUUGUAGCGAAAAUACUCUUCGAUUCGUUCAAUCACUGCCGAAACGCGAAAAAAUUCCAUUCUCGCAAAAGUUUCCGAAUGCCGAACCCGAUGCUUUGGAUCUUCUCGAAAGAAUGUUAGUCUUCGACCCAAGAAAACGGAUUACAGCUGAACAAGCGUUGGCACAUAAAUAUCUCGAGCCAUAUCAUGAUGAAACAGACGAACCAAUCGCGGAUGAGCCGUUCGAUUGGUCGUUUAAUGACGCGGAUUUGCCAGUCGAUAAUUGGAAGGUCAUGAUGUACCAAGAGAUUUUAGACUUCCAUAAUGUUGAUGGCCAAGGUUUCAUGGAAGAAAACGAAAUUCAGUAUUCUUGA